AUGUCCAUCAUACCUGCAGAAGGCUCUUCAGGAUGGCUCGAGUCGCUGAUCGUUCAGAAGUGCGGAGUUCCCUCGGUUCGCGAUUUCCAGCUAUGCCAUGGCAUGGACCUCAUCCGCGGCAAGGAUCUGUUCCUCGUCAUCGUGCCGGGCCAGGGGAAGACGACGGUUAUGCAUGCUCCGCUACUGGCUGCACAAGCCCAGAUGAAGAUAGGAAUAGCUCUCAUGAUUGUGCCUACUAAAUUGCUAGCAUUGCAGCAGGAAACUGUGGCCAAUAGCCGCGGAAUUCGUGCACUGGCUAUCAACGAAGACACUAUGAGAGAAGCAUACCACAACAAUCGCGAUCUUCUGGCCGAGCUUGUCAGCGGAGAGGACAUUCGUCUCGCCAUCAUGAGCCCUCAAAUGCUCCGGUCAAAACGCGUUCGUAGCCUGCUGUCGCAGCAAGCUGUCAAGAGUCUUGUCUGCUGGUUCUUCGUUGACGAAGCCCACCUCGUCGACGAACAGAGUGGCGAGUGGAUCGAGAUCUUCAAGUCCAUCAAGACUAUGCGCGCUAUCUUGUCAGCUCGGACAGUUUGGGCAGCGUUCACUGGCAUGGCGACUCCAUCUCGGACUCUGGUUCUUGCUGAAAAUCUGGGCUUCCAACCUGGGCACUAUGUCAAUGCUCGGUACUCGGUUGACUGCUCCAACAUCAAAUAUAUCCCGCGGUUCUUCGAGCAUGCUGUCUCUGGCACGGACUUCCUCGACAUCAGCUUCCUGAUACCCCUGGAGAUGGCUUCCCCCACCGAUAUCACGACAACUCUGAUCUUUUGCCAGACUAUCGAGCUCGGCUACAAAAUCAUGUCUUUUCUCGAUCGCCUUAUCCCUGAAGCAGUACCUUAUCGCAACAAGAUCAUUAAACUCUACAACUCAUUGAUGCCUGCGACGUACCGACAACACUUCGUACAGGACCGUUUGAGUGGUGCUGAACUGCAUAUGUAG